AUGUUCGAGAGCCAUUGCUCCACAAAAGAAAACUUACCAGUUUGUAGAAGGAAGAAUGCAUCUGGUGCCACAUAUAUCUUUGGGAAGAGUGGAGGUCUCAUCCUGUACACGUGGCCAGCUAAUGACAGACCGAGCACAAGGACAGACCGUCUUGCUGUGGGCUUCAGCACAACGGUGAAGGACGGCAUCCUUGUUCGGAUUGACAGUGCACCUGGGCUUGGUGAUUUUCUGCAGCUUCACAUAGAGCAAGGCAAGAUUGGUGUAGUCUUCAAUAUCGGCACAGUGGACAUCUCUAUUAAAGAGGAAAGCACGCCUGUAAAUGAUGGCAAAUACCACGUGGUGCGCUUUACCAGGAAUGGUGGCAAUGCCACACUUCAGGUCGACAGCUGGCCAGUGAAUGAACAUUACCCAACAGGCAACACUGAUAGUGAACGGUUCCAAAUGGUAAAACAGAAAAUCCCCUUCAAAUAUAACCGGCCCGUAGAGGAGUGGCUGCAGGAAAAAGAUGAUGCAACACCGCAUCACCACUUGACUUCGAGACCCGUCACGACGACCACCAAAAUUGGACGACAGUUAACGAUCUUCAACACCCAAGCGCAAAUAGCCAUAGGAGGAAAGGACAGAGGGCGUCUCUUCCAAGGCCAACUCUCCGGUCUCUAUUACAAUGGCUUGAAAGUGCUGAACAUGGCAGCAGAGAACAAUCCCAACAUUAAAAUCAACGGAAGUGUCCGACUUGUUGGGGAAGUCCCCUCCAUUUUGGGAACAACACCCACGACCUCUGUGCCACCAGAAAUGUCUACUACAGUCAUGGAAACCACGACCACAAUGGCCACCACUACAACCCGCAAAAAUCGUUCACCACCCAGCAUCCAGACAACGGAUGACAUUGUUUCAUCAGCUGAAUGUUCCAGUGAUGAUGAAGACUUCAUUGACUGUGAGCCCAGUACAGGUAAGUCAGGAGGUGAAUUAGUUAUCCCUCUACUUGUAGAAGACCCUUUAGAUAUCCCUCCUAUUGCUACUCGUGCACCUUUCAUUACACUUCCCCCUACCUUUCGCCCCCUCCUCACCAUUAUUGAGACCACCAAAGAUUCCCUGUCCAUGACCUCUGAGGCGGGGUUACCUUGCUUGUCGGACCAAGGCAGCGAUGGUUGUGAUGAUGAUGGCUUGGUGAUAUCUGGGUAUGGCUCAGGGGAAACCUUUGACUCUAACCUACCCCCUACUGAUGAUGAAGAUUUUUACACCACCUUCUCCUUGGUAACAGAUAAGAGUCUUUCCACUUCAAUCUUCGAAGGUGGCUACAAAGCACACGCACCCAAGUGGGAAUCCAAGGACUUUAGACCUAACAAAGUCUCCGAAACUGGUAGGACUACUACCACGUCUUUGUCCCCUGAGCUGAUCCGCUCCACAGCUUCGUCCUCGACUGGGAUGGUGCCCAAAUUGCCAGCCGGCAAAAUGAAUAACCGUGAGCUCAAACCCCAGCCUGACAUAGUCUUGCUUCCGUUGCCCACUGCCUAUGAGCUAGACAGCACAAAGCUGAAGAGCCCGCUAAUCACUUCCCCCAUGUUCCGUAAUGUGCCCACAGCAAACCCCACGGAGCCGGGAAUCAGACGGGUUCCGGGGGCCUCAGAGGUGGUCCGCGAGUCGAGCAGCACAACGGGGAUGGUCGUCGGCAUUGUGGCUGCUGCUGCCCUCUGCAUCCUCAUCCUCCUGUACGCCAUGUACAAGUACAGGAACAGGGACGAGGGGUCCUAUCAGGUGGACGAGACGCGGAACUACAUCAGCAACUCGGCCCAGAGCAACGGCACGCUCGUGAAGGAGAAGCAGCAGAGCUCAAAGAGCGGCCACAAGAAACAGAAAAACAAGGACAAAGAGUAUUAUGUGUAAAAAAAGAAUACUUAUUUAUAUAUAAAUAUAUAAAUACUUAAUGAGAUUUAAUUGAAAUAUCAGAACCAUUACAGCGAACGAGAUUGGGAGAUAUCGUUUGUGGGAAAAAGUAUUGGGAAAAAAAAUUUCAGCAGUGACUGUUAAUGUCUCAGUCAUCGCUUGGAGUCAGCAAACUCUGCCCUAAUGUAUUAUAAAGCACACUUAGCGUUCUGGAGAUGGCGCGUACACCUCUACCCUGUUAGCGGAUUUGGACGUCUCCAAAUCUCCUCCUCCGCUGAACUUUCUGCAAAGGUAGAAGACUUCAUGGCUUACUUGUUUCAUAUCUCCAAGUGAGUCUUUAACAAUGUUCGUGAUUCCUGACUGUAUCGAUAAUUUUUCAGUUUACUUAUUAAAAAAAAAAGGAAGGAAAAAGAAAAAAACACAAACACUAUAAACAACAAAAAAUAUUGAACAAACUGAUCUGGCCGUGUCCAGCAUACAUAUAAUUUUUCGAGAUUGGAGGAGGGGGAUAAAUGAUUUUAGAGAUUGUUGUUUUUGGUUUGGUUUGGUUUGGUUUCUUGGGUUGGUUUUUCUUUUUGGUUUUGUUUACUUUUGGGCAUGGGAGGGUAGGGUGGAGAGGAAUGGUGUUAGGGGGGAGAGUGAACCUGGACAUGAAUUGAGAAGAAAUCUCGGAAAAAAAAUCAAUAAUAAAUAAAGAGAGACUAUUGCCAUAUAUGAACUCAAAAGCUACCCAUGGUGUUUACUCUGCAUAUCUGGUUGUGUUGUCUCUAGAAUCCGUUGUCUUACAGUAAGUUGUUUGCUAACAACUCAGUGAAAGUGUGUGAUGGGUGAUGUUGAAGAAAAUUAUCAUGGAAAGCUGGUCCCCUUGGAUCUGGCUGCAGUAUUCACAAUUGAACUGAAGAAUAAAUGGGUUUGGGUCUGUUCUGAGGAGGGUUGUUGGCUUUAUUUGCGAAUAUCACUUAGUAUGCAUUAGCACAGCCAAACUCAAGGGGAUUUGAAGACUCAAAAAAGAAUGCUUAAAAAAAAUGGUUCACCAUUCUGAGCUGAAUAUGCCAUGCAAAAAUAAAGGAGCCUUUCUCUG